AUGAAUACUCAACGAGAAUCAUCUUCCCACUUGUCUUAUGAUGUGUUUUUGAGUUUCAGAGGUGAAGAUACUCGUAAAAACUUCACAAGUCAUCUUUAUUUUCGAUUAUGUCAAGUUGGAGUUAAUACUUACAUAGAUGAUGAAGAAUUGAGAAAGGGAGACGUCAUUUCAAACAAACUUGACAAAGCAAUUGAACAAUCUAGAAUUUCCAUUGUUGUUUUCUCAAAAAAUUAUGCUUCGUCUAGUUGGUGUCUUGAUGAACUUGUCAAAAUACUCGAAUGCAGAGCGAGGUUAAAUCAGGUCGUUUUGCCUAUUUUCUAUGACGUUGAUCCUUCUCAAGUGCGAAAGCAAACUGGAUGCUUUGGCGAAGCUUUGGCAAAACAAAAGCAACGAUUAUUUGGAGCUGAAAUAAUGGAAAAGUGGAAAGCAGCACUCACUGAAGCUGCAAAUUUAUCUGGAUGGGAUUUGCGAAAUAUUGCUGAUGGGCAUGAAUCAAAAUUUAUUGAAAGUAUUAUAAAACAAGUUCUUCAAGAGGUCAACCAGACACCUCUAGAUGUUGCUCAUUACCCAAUUGGAUUAGAUUCUUCUAUCCAACAUAUAGAGUUGUUACUGCAAAGUGGAUGUGAGCAUGAAGUUCGUAUGGUUGGUAUAUGUGGCGUUGGUGGUAUUGGAAAAACGACUCUGGCAAAAGCUAUCUACAACCGAAUAUUUCAGCAGUUUGAUGGUAGUUGCUUUCUUUCGGACGUUAGAUCAAAAACUGAAGAAUUUGGUCUAGUCAAACUUCAAGAGAAACUACUUAAUCAAAUCCUCAAAAGUAAGGAAUUUGACGUUGAUAGUGUUGCUGAAGGUGUUAAUCUCAUCAAAGCAAGACUUGGGUCUCAGAAGGUUCUAAUUGUUCUUGAUGACGUAGAUCAUAGAAGCCAAUUAGAAUCCUUAACAAGAGAAAGAAGUUGGUUUGGCUCUGGUAGUGCAAUAAUUAUUACAACCCGAGACGAGCAUUUGCUGUAUGGGCUUGGAACAAGUGAGAUAUACCAGGCCAAACUUUUAAAUGACAAUGAAGCUCAACAACUUUUUUCGCGUCAUGCUUUCAACAGUUUUUCUCCACCACAAGAAUACGAUGAGCUGGCACAAGACGUAAUACAGUAUUCAGGUGGGUUACCAUUAGCUCUUGUGACAUUAGGGUCACAUUUCCAAGGGAGAUCCAUAGAGGAAUGGGGACACGAGUUCAAAAAACUAAGAGCAAUUCCUCAUUGUGAUAUUCAAAAGAUUCUCAAAAUAAGCUUUGAUGGACUUGAUGACAAUACUCAGAGUGUUUUCCUUGAUAUAACAUGCGCCUUCCAUGGAUGUUAUGAGGAUGAAGUGACCAAAACAUUAAAUGCGUGUGGUUUUUAUACUGAAAGUGCAAUUUCGACCUUAGUCCAAAGGAACUUGCUCCAAAGGGAUUGCCGUUAUUUGGUGAUGCAUGAUCCAGUGCGGGAUAUGGGAAGAGAAAUCGUUCGCUUGGAAUCACCUCGAGACUCGGGAAAACGGAGUAGAUUGUUCAACCCUCAAGAAGUCCGUGAUGUUCUACAAGGAAAUAAAGGUUCUGAAAAUGUAGAAGUACUGGUGGUAGAACGACGGGCAUUAAAGGGUGUGAAACUGAGCAUCAAAGCAUUUCAGAAAAUGAUAAAUCUUAGGGUGCUUAAAAUCGACGACUUAUAUAUUAGUGGAAAUUUUGAGCUAUUAUCCAAGGAGAUCAGAUGGUUGUCUUGGAAAGGAUGUCCAUUAAAAUACAUACCAUCAAAUUUUCCUGCUGAAAAACUUGUAGUUCUGAAUAUGGAAGGGAGCGAUGUCCAAGACUUUGGUUUGAAUUUGCAGUGUUGUAGAAGUUUGAAGGAGCUGAAUCUCUCUGAUUGCAAGCGCCUCAGAAGUACUCCAAACUUCAGGGGUUCAAAAAGUCUCAAGAUUUUGUCGUUUGAGAAUUGCUCAAGUCUAAAGGAGAUCCAUCCAUCAAUAGGAAAUUUGGAAAGUGUUAAAGAAUGACAAAAAUCCCACAUCGGUGGUUAAUGAGAUGAGUGGACUCCUUAUAAGGCUUGGGCAAUCCUCCUCCCUUUGAGCUAGCUUUUGGGGUGUGAGUUAGGCCUAAGACCUAAUUUCACAGAAAGACUAAUUGAUCUUCAAUUGAGUGGUUGUAAAAGGAUUAGAAAGACUAAUUGAUCUUCAAUCGAGUGGUUGUAAAAGGAUUACGGAUCUUCCGAGCAGCAUAUGCCAGUUAAAAUCCCUUGAAUACUUGUGCAUUAAUGGCUGCUUAUCUUUACAAACACUACCAGUUAACAUUGGAGAUAUGCAAA